AACUCUAUCCAUAUCCGGUCCGGUUUUGACGUUCGUGUACGACGAAAAAUCGUCGUCGGCUCCGAUUCUAAUCGAAUUUUGUGGUUUUUCUCGGGUGAAAAGUUCUACUUUAGUGCCGAAAAUCGCAGCAUUAGUUGACGUUCAGUUCCGGGCAAAACCCGGAUACAAUAGAAAUUGUUUGGUGCGCGGACACAACUCGCAUUCGGUGAAAUAGUAAAUAGUGAUCAGGCAAAAGAAGCCCUCGGGAAGAUUACCUUUGAAAUUUGAUGCGAAAAGUUUUGCUUCCUACCCGUGGUAAGAAAGAAGAGCUCGGAGGAAGCGAAAAAAAGUGCCAGCUAAUGUUGGUCGUGUUGUGAAGCCAGGUAGAGCGACAGAGAGAGGGCUACAAGAGUGUGCGUGUGUGCAUUUUCUAUCAGCAGGGCAGUGCCGCAGGGGAAGGUUUUCCGGCAAUCGUCAGCAAAAUCGAGAGCCUCUUUUCCUGCCUACUUCGCCUUUGCAUUUUCGCCUCCCCAAGGCCGUGCCAGUGAAAAACAGAAGAAGUGAAAAACGAAGAUUGGGGACGUUCCCAUAUUUUCCCUUUUGACGUGUCGACGGGCGUUCUUUUUCCUUCGAUUGAGUGAAGCCUCUGGGUGGAUCUUUGCGAUCGUAGCAAUCCGAGACGGACGGAAUAAGAAGAAGAAAGUUGCAGGUAUCUUGGAUAAAAAAAGACGAAAAUUAUUUAUUUGUGGCGAGAAAAGGAUUCAGUCUUGCUCCCAGCUGGCAGUUCCGGAUGAGUAGCAGCAGCCUCCAGUGCAGGAAAAAGUGGUAGUCGAUUAUUAUGGUGCAGACGGACUGCUGAAGAGACCGAUUUUUCUUUUUCAUUUUUUUUUCGUUCCGAUUACGGCAGUCUGAGAAGAGUGUGUCACCGUGGAAACACACACACACAUAAGUACCUACCUAAGACCUUCACUGAAAAGGCAGUUCGUGAGAAAGUGGCCUCCGUCGAAAUAGUCUGCGGAACCACCGACAACAGCCAGGACAAUGAUUCCCACCUUGUGUCCAGCGUGUCAUGGAUCAUUCUAAAUCGAAGCCGCAAGAUUGCUACGAGUUUCUCGACCUUACCGACGUUGAUGAUCGUGUAAGGAGCGCGCUGGCUUCAACCCUGUACACUCCGGCUUCGGCUGGUGCCGGUGGCGAAGGGGGCUACAAGGGUUCUGGUGGCCGCAAGCAGCAGCAUCGCCCCAGGCGCAGACAGUCGAACGCAUCCUCUGUGAUGUCGUCGUCCGAUGGGUCCGGCGUGUACGAAUUUGUCCCAUACGAACCGCGCAGAUAUCCGUCAACCCAGCAUCAUCACCAUCAUCCCAAAACGGUGGCCACAUUCCCGAACCCGGUGGCACCGGAGUACCAUUAUCAACCCCGCCAUCACUCCGGCUAUUCCCAUCAGUUCCCGUACAGUUCCUCAAAUACCUCCGGCAUCGAUGGCCACGGGGGCUUCAGUCGUUAUCCGACGGCAUCGAAACGGACGGGAAGCUCCCGCGCUCAAGAAUAUCAAAUCGCUUCGGGUCGAAACUUUCACCACUACAAUUACCACCACCACUACCAACAACAACAACAACAACAACAACAAGCACCACAGCAACAGCCGCAGCAUCAACAGCAGCACUCUUGGUCGCCGCCGGUAGCUGUAACGUCUUGCACUGCUGCCGCCACUACUGGUAUAAUUACCACUACUACUACUACUACUUCUUCUUCCUACACACUGCCAAAUAGUUCUGUGAACACAAGCCUGGAAGCAACAUACACCGAGUACGGGGACAGCGAGCAACAAUUGAGUUGCUCGGCUCAAAGCAGCAGCACCAACAGUAGCAGUAGCUAUCGUGCUGCCAGCGGGAGGAAUUUCUCCAGUCGAACAGCCGAACGAGUAGCUGCAUCGACGUCGGACGGCACGGCAACAGCGAUCUCUGCGACGACUAUGCCUCCUCACACAAACAAUCCUCACUAUCAGUCGCAACAACAGCAGCAGACACAGCAAGGCCAACCACCACAAACACAGCAAGGGCAGACAGGGAAUCCACCACCGAACAACCACAAUGUAGCGGUGAAUGUUAGUCGAGGCACCGGCGAUCAGCAAAACGUGGUUGCUUCCGCUCCUCAACAGAUGUAUCCGUCGCAGCCCUAUAUGGCUGGGGGCCCUCCCGGGAAUGCGGUGUAUCCGAUGCAGGUCAUCCCACAGGCACUUCCUGGGAAUGUGUUUGUUAGCAAUCUUACCGCUAAUGUGAACGUACAUGGUUUCAUGCCACAUGGAAUGCCUCCGUAUAUGGCAGCAGCUGGAACGUCACCAGCACCUGCCGGAGCCUACAUAGCCGGUGAAGUUCCUCCUGGCCAUGAGAUGCAAAUAAUGACUCCCCGGGGAGAUGCACGUGGCGGAAUGCGACGCAACGGAAGGAGCGGUAGAAUAAGCCAUAACACAAGGCCACGAGGCGGAUAUGUCCCGCAUCACAUUGCCCAACAGCAGAGUGUGAUGCAAUCGUCUCAACCUGGCAACAUUCAUCAACAACAGCAACCAGGUCAACCAGUUCAGGGUCAGCUACCGCAACAAGGAGUACAGCAGUCACAGCAACAACAAUCACAGGGUCAAGGUCAAAAUCAAUCCCAAAAUCAGCCAACACAGCCCCCUCAACAACACACUCCGGACAUUGUGCAACACUCCAUGCCCAUGGAACAUCAGCCAAUGAUGAGUUCAGCGCAACCAUAUGGUUACGGUGGUGGAUACUACUUUUACAAUCCAUAUUUCCAUACAGUCCCGCAAGGACAUCAUCCUUCAGCGCAGCAUGCAGCUGGGGCGCCGAUAUUCCAAGUUCCCAUGUAUCCUACUCAUAUGUAUAGUUAUUCGCCAAGUGUGAUGUACCAACAAGUGUAUCCACCAGAGUAUCCCAUGUACGACGAUAAGGGUGACGACCAUAAUUCACAACAACCUCCAGAAGAAGGAGUAAUGCACCCCGGCAUGUGGCAACAGCCGACCAUGAUGGAAUACAAUCCGGAUACUGUGGAAUACAUCUCUCAAGAGGAUGACAUGAAUAUGAUGCAGCAAGGACCACCAACAAUGCAGCCGAUUCCCCAUGUCCUUGAUCCAAAUGUUCCAAAUUUUACGAUGGGAGCUUCAACCCCGAUCCAAGACUACGGUCAAAUCACACCGGCGCCCUCGGAUGACUACAAUUCAAUAAACAACAAUGCCGUCAUGUCGCCAGCUGCCAAUCUAAUAUCAUCUCCCUCGUCGAAUGCGUCAUCUCAGCAUAAUCUAAACCAAAACGACAUGUACCAUGUGCCACAACAACCUCAGCAAGAACCUCAUCAUCAACAGCAACAGCAACCACAACACCAAGCGUCGCAUACUCCUUUAAUGGAAAUGCAGCAAGAAUCGAUAAUUCAGCACGAUCAAGAUCAAUCACAGCUAGAUCAAGAGAACAACUACAUCGUCGAGGAAUCACCUCAGGCCCAGUACAAUCAACCAAUGUCACCACCGCUUCAACAAACUCAUAUUCACGCUCAAGUCACAACAGCAGUUGAAAGCAACUACAAUUCGGAUAUGCAGCCGGUUCAAACCCACAUUCAGGAAUCGAGUACAACACCAAUGCAAACAACUCUGGUACAGGAAGCAAUGCAGCAACCACCAGCGACGGUAUCUUCGACAGUAGCAACACUCAACAUACCACCUCCGCCGAUACCGGUCCAAUUCCUGAACUUAGAAAAACAGCAGCACCAACAUCAUCAACAAUCACAUCAAUUGAAUACAAACGACAGCAACAACAAUCUGAAGAAAAAGACCAACGAAGUAGCGUCCGUUGCAACUCCAGCCACCGUUGCCGUAGACAAAAUUAGUGAAACAUCUACGCAUAGCAGCAAACCAGUGCCAAAUCAACAACAUCAUCAAUCGCAAGUCUUUGUAAAUAGUAACAAAAGUCAGACCGCGACUGAGGAAGUGGCGAGACUGACCAGGGCAGUACAAGAGAAGUUCGUACUGAAGGAUGACCGGCGAAACGGUCCUUACCGUGGAGGAAGUACUUGGGCUAAUUCGGCUUCGCAACCACCAGUUACCACAAUAGCGUCGUUCACCUCUUCCACGACCACCAUUGUACAGCAUAGCAGUAGUCAACAGAAAAAGACCACCGCGUCCGUUUCUGUGUCUGCCAUUCCAAACAAGGAAUACACCAGCAAUAGCAGCACCUCGUCGGUUCCGUCUGUCACUAGUUCCGCUAAGCCUUAUCAGAAAAAUACCUCGCCUGUACCGUUUACUACUCUUGGGACAACGUCGGCUCCUCCAUCGAUACAUAAGCAACCGUUAGCACCACAGAAAUCCUUCAAUUCCGUCUCCGAGCAUCACUCAACGCCGAUCAAUCCUGGUCCGAUCAUGGAGUCGAAAAAAGUGGAAGCAAUUCCACAACGCGACACACCGAUAAAUACCCCUCUUCCACCACCAGGUCCUCCACCGCUCAUGUCGGUGCCACCGCCAAACAUAGUUCCAACACCCUAUGCACCACCGCCACCAACGACGACGGCAGCGGCGGCGGCUCCACCAACAAAGUCUUGGGCCAGUUUGUUCAACUCGUCCUCUUCAGCUACUGCGUCCACUCCGGAAGCCACGAGUAGCAUCGUUCAUCCGAUUGCUACUCCAGCUCCCGCUGCGCCGGCCUCAUUAGUCACUGGUCCAGCCCUUCCAACGCCAUCUCCCUUCGCGCCAAGCUUUAUCCCAAAUCCGCAUCGUAGUAGUCAUCCAUCUUCCUCGUCGAAUCAGCCGCUUGACAAACCUGCAACAGUUGUAGCGACAUCGAACAAACCGAUCGCCAAGGUAUUGCCAUUUGACAAGUCCAAUAACAACAGCAGUACUACGGCCAUGUCCUACUCGGCCGCCUCGGCUCAAGGUCUACAACCCACUUCUGCCGCUGGUCAUGCGACUUCCACAAGUGCCUCGGCAGCCAGUGCCGCUAGCACUGGCUCCAAAAGUAAGAACAACGCUGCCGCCCAGGCGCAAGCCGCCGCCGCCGCUGCCAAACCGGAACAACUAGACGAGAACACUCUUAAACUAGGAGAAUUUCUAAGUGCGUACCAAAUCGAAAACAACAGCAUUAGCAUCCUUCCACGAGGACUGAUCAAUCGCUCCAAUUAUUGCUACAUCAAUGCCAUUCUUCAGGCCCUGGUGGCGUGUCCACCGUUCUAUCACCUAAUGCGGGCGAUUCGCUCACUUCCCGCCUCUAGGAAUAGUAAACAUCAGAAACCAUUCAUUGACGCUAUGUCCAGUCUGGUCGCUGAGUUCUCCACGCUGCAGCUUCGUUCCAAGGUACAAAGGGACAAGACGAAAAAGGAUGAAACUCCUGAGAUUCAGUGCGAUUCUCCGAUGGAACCACUGAUGAUCCACAAAAUGCUGAAUCUCCUUCGUUCGGACAUUUUCCAAGUCGAAGGUCGUCAGGAGGAUGCUGAAGAAUUCCUAGGAUGUGUACUGAACCGACUGAAUGAUGAGAUGAUAGAGCUUAUGAAACUGAGCAAAAACGAAUCCGAUGUGAACGGAGACGACGCUGCCAAUGGAGAGGUUCAUAAUGACGACCAAGACGACUGGAAGGUAAUUCGUGGAAAUCGCAAUAAGGGAACCGUCACCCGUACGACAGACUUCGGCCGAUCGCCGAUGAGUGACAUUUUCGGUGGUAAACUGCGCUCACGUGUUCAACGCGAAGGCGAUCACGCCACCGACAACAUUCAACCUUUCUUCACUCUGCAGCUCGAUAUCGAGAAAGCCGCCUCGGUAAAGGAUGCCCUGGACUUACUGGUAGGCAAGGACCAACUGGAGGGUGUGACGUGCUCAAAAACCAAGCAGGAGAUUGCCGCCUGGCAACAGGUCACGCUAGAGGAGCUGCCCAUUGUGAUGAUCCUGCAUCUCAAGUGUUUCGACUACAAGAUGGAUGGCUGUACUAAGAUCCUGAAAGCACUGGAGUUCCCGAUCGAAUUGAAAAUCGAUUCAAAACUGAUGUCUUCGAAAGGCAAGUCGUACACAGCUAAGCAGAAACAGUACAAACUGUUUGCAGUGGUGUACCACGACGGAAAGGAAGCAUCCAAGGGUCAUUAUAUAACUGACGUAUUCCACGCUGGCUACGGUAGUUGGAUUCGGUACGACGACAGCACGGUCAAGCCGGUAUCCGAGAACAAUGUACUGCACCCCAAAUCCCCAAGGGUGCCAUAUUUGUUGUAUUAUAGACGACUUGACACCCAUUACCAUGGCUCAAGCGCAGGCGCUGGGGCCACUGGUGCCAGUUCUGGAACCGGAGGAACCGGUUAUAACGGCGGAAGCAACAGUAGCAGUACUACAAACCCUAGCAGUAAUAACAGCAGCAGCAGCACAGGUGGCAAUAGCAAUUAUAGUUCUAGUGGAAAUAGCUAUAGUGUAAAUACCGGCGGCCAAUACGGUGGUUCAAAGUGAGAGGAAGAAAAGAAGCACGAAACAUUUGUAUACAGAAUCGUCGGUUGAAAACGGACAACCAUAAGCUCUGCUCAAGUGUGAGCGUUUACUAUUUGUAUAGAAGAGCGCAACGAAAAGUGACGUUUUUAUCUAGUUUUUAGUGUUGUUACUGAUAAGUACGUGUGUGAUUACGAUUGUGUUGCGGUUUUGUGUAGUGCGUUUUCAGAGUGCAGAAAUUUUGUGUUAGUGGCACAAGCGAACGUUGACAGAUGCUCGAUAAAAUCGUGUGUAUCAACGAAAAAAAAAGUAAAAACAUCAAACGUAGGGGAUUAAUCACUACUGGACAAAAGGACAGCACGGUGAUAAAGGUUGUUGAUUGUUUCCUUCAUAAUCUUACAAACAACUUUUAGUUUCUAGUUUGUUAUUCUAUUAUUAUUAUCAUAGUGGCAUUCAUAUGUUUGCUUUUUAUGGGAUUAAGCGAUACUCACUUUUAAGUUCCUCCUGGUAAAAUUACCCUUCUAGUGUGUAGCAAUAACGAGAAACGUGCUAUACUGAGUCGUACGAAUUUGUGCGGUUAGCAUGGACUAAAUAGGUGUAGUGGACAAAGUUUGAUCAUUUUUCCAAUCUGAGCGUUCACCUAGCUAGCGAAAAGCUUCAAAAUAGCAUUAUUCUACUUUGGAACGAUUACGAUCAUCAGUCAAAGGUUCUGAGCGUUAUGUUGAAUCCUUCUGUAACGAUUAGAUGUCGUUGGACGCCAUAAGUGGGUUAAUCAGAUGUUCACGAACGAUUAAUUCACUUAUGGCGUUGAAAAAAAUAUGAUCAAGGUAUUUGUUUUCAUUGUUAUGUUUUAACAGUAGUUUCUAUUCGUAUUUAUAAGCUUAACAAGAACCAAUCUAUACAUUAACAACAAAGAAAGCAUAUGAGAAAAGAAAUGUAUCCUUCUUACUAAUGUUUAGAGUUUAGAUAGGUGAAAAAAUAAUAAUGGAUAAAAUCCGUGUUAGAUGUAAACCCUGUCGCUCCUACAUGUGUGGGUGCUGACUUCCAAAAGUGGCGAAGCCGGCGUCAACCAACGAUUUCGUCCUGGUUCGACCAUACAAAUAAAAAACCUUAAAAUAUAAAAUGCACUUCUGUGUCUGAUGCCCGAA